CUGCGCCAAGCUGUCAGUAUCAGGGGGGCAGAGAUGCCCAAUUAAUCUUUUCCCCAAAAAAGUUGUUUUUUUCGCCGAAUUCCAAUUAAAUCAGCCGAAAAGUAUAAACACAAACAAGUUAAAUUGCCUGGUGAGUGAAUAUCUCGAUUUUUUUCGUACACAGGGACUUUAGACUUUGAUUUUGUGCAUUCGUUGCACUGAACGAUCGGAGAUUCAUUAUACAAUCCAGUUUUCUGGCAAACACCGAACCAGAUUUGCUCAAUUUUUAUUCAAUUUCCACGAAAUCUGCAUCGAAAAAUAUUUUCUUUCCAUCUGUGCCCGUCCUGACACCAGAUACUCAACAAACACGCUGCAAUGCCUGAAAGACUGAACGUGGAUGCGCCCUUAUGGGACCAGACCACUUUCGUUGGCCGAUUCAAACAUUUCUUAUGGGUUACUGAUCCCCGAACAUGCGUUGUUGGGGACGAAGCCCUGGACAAGGCCAAGGAACUGGUGGAUCUUUACCGACGCGGCUCUGAGCCCCCAGGCACCACAGUCGAUCAGGUGAUCUACGCGAAGAAACUGUAUGAAAGCGCUUUCCAUCCGGACAGCGGUGAAAAACAGAACGUUUUUGGGCGAAUGUCCUUCCAAGUACCCGGAGGAAUGGCUAUUACAGGGGCCAUGCUCCAAUGGUACCGAACUCCGUUUGCUGUUGUCUUCUGGCAGUGGGUGAAUCAGUCGUUCAACGCCCUGGUGAACUACACGAACAGAAACGCAAAAUCGCCCACUUCAACGACGCAACUAGUGGUAGCUUACGUGUCAGCUACCUCCUCGGCUAUGAUCACUGCCUUGGGCUGUAAAUACUACUGGCAGAAGCGCGCCAGUCCAUUUGUUCAAAGGUACGUUCCAUUCGCAGCUGUAGCGGCAGCGAAUUGCGUCAAUAUACCGCUGAUGAGACAGAACGAGUUCAUCCAUGGUAUUGAUUGUUCGGAUGAAAAGGGCCAGAUAGUCGGACAGUCUAAAGUGGCUGCUGCGAAAGCUUUCAGCCAGGUCAUAAUGUCCAGAAUCACUAUGUGUGCUCCUGGUAUGCUAAUCCUGCCCGUUAUCAUGGAACGGGCUGAGCAGUUGGCUUUCAUGAAGAAAAUCACCUUCCUACACGGCCCGAUUCAAGUGAUGGCCGUUGGGUGCUUCUUGUCGUUCAUGGUCCCUACCGCUUGCGGCCUGUUUCCCCAAAAAUGUUCGAUGAAAACGACCACAUUGGCUUGGAUCGAGCCCGAAGCCUAUGAAAACAUCAAGAAAACAUGCGGAGAAAAGGUGCCCGAGCGGAUUUACUUCAAUAAGGGCCUGUAAAAAUGUCCCCGACAAUAACGGUUUGACGAAUAAUCACUCUCUAGUAAUAAUUAGGAAACAAUUCGGUACUGCUUUCUUCGAUAAGUAUACGUAACAGGCAAAGAAGCUACUAUUUUCGUAGAUUAUAUGUCUCAGUUUUUCGGGAUUUGUUUUGUAAAAAAACCACAGCGAUAAUAAUAAUGUAGAAGCUCUAUCGCAAAAUGUUAAGGUAGAUUGUAAGACAAACCCGUUCUAAGAUUGUCGCGCUUAUUUUUAAGCAGAAAACCCCAUUUCGAGCAAUAUUCAGCCAGGAAAAACCAGCAAUAUUUUUAAAGCGUUUAUUGCAUUGUUCGGUUCGCUUUUUUGUUAUUAUUUAUUACGUUUUAUUGAGGUUGUUUAUCAAUAUAUCUUUUUUCAAGAA